AUGACGAUUGAAGAAGACAUAGGCACUCCAGAAUCGUCAGAGGACUCUAGCUGGGGCUCAAAUAAAGUCUUUCAGAACUAUUUAAUGCCCACGUUGAAGCUCUACGACGCCAGAAUAUCCAUCAAUCACUGGCAGCUGAGAGACUGUGUAAAGCAUUCCUCUAGCGAACUGGGAAAAAUUUACUAUAUCUACAACCACUCCAUCCGUUCGCUCGACACCAGGAACGACCGAUCUGGGGUAAAAAUCGAAGCCAAGAAAGUUGCUACUAGGGAUCGAAAGAGGAGAAGCUCUUCCCCGAAGAAGCGUAUAAAAGAUCAGUUUUGGUCGCCCUCGCAGAAGGUGGUGGAGUUUGAUUUUAAGUCUCGAUGCUUCCAAGAGCGAAAUGGGAUAAUAGUGUCGGGGGGUCUUAUGGGCCCUGACGACAAUGGUAACUGGGGCCAAUUCACCCGUCAAGCUCCUUCUGCUCUUGAUACAGACAGCAGCGGUAUUGAUAUGGGGGGUUUUUCGUCAUCCUCGCUGGAGCCCGUCAAAGUUGCUAAUAGUUCAGUCUUGUCUGAUCAUAAUUCCUACAGUAACACCGAAAGCUGGAAGGGUGUAUUAUCUAUAUACAAUGGAGAGCGAGACGUCAGUUUCACCUAUCGCUUGGGACAGUAUAUUAACAACUGUGUCCUACUUCAUCCAAAAACGACUCAGCAUUAUGACCUCUUUGCUUGCAACAACGAUGCACACCUGUACCAAUGCGAUAUAAGUAACAGGGGUGUGGAGCUAAUCAAGCGGUAUUCGGAUUUAAAAUUCUCCUUGAAUAACGCAACGUUAUCCCACGACGGGAAAACUUUGAUCACUUCAGGAGACUCAAGCAAGUUCGCUAUUUAUCACCAAAAUGACAUCACAGGCUAUUUUUCUCUGAAGUACGAUUCACAGCCGCAAUGGGGUAGUGCGUUUAUAAGGAACAAGAGGAUUCCGAGGUAUGCGAUGCCAGACCGAUCUGGAUUUGUGGACAAUAUUUACGAGGUAUCCGGAGGGGAUCAUGGUUUUUAUACGAGCUUUAGCGAAAGCGAUAUGAUGUUCGCAACCGUCUUUCAAAAUGGUACAUGCUGGGUAUAUGACGCAAGGAAAAUGGAAUCGCCACUAGCCGAAAUCAAUUCCACCAGGAAGUACACACAAAAUGGUGCGUUCAGGGUAUGCAAAUUCAGUGAAGGAAUGGAUGACCUGUUAUUCAUUUCCGAACACCACGGCCGUGUUCAUGUAGUCGACACGCGCAAUUUCAUGAACCAUCAGGUCAUAAUGAUCCCUGACAGGAACUCAUGUUUUUCCGAUGAGACGCCCUCCUUUACUGCAAGUAGACGGAACUCCAUGCCAUCGCAACCAAAUGACCCACACAUUACAUUUGCUGCUAGUAUUCCCGCGAAUGAGCUACAACCUCAAUUGAUCCCAUAUCCAAAGGUAAUAAACUGCGUGAGCAACGGGCUCGAGAACUCAUCUGAUGGAGACAAUAGAGACAAAAUUCCAGACCAUCCUUCCGAAAGACGCAGAGAAAGAAGGCGGUCUUCUUUUCGAGUUAGAAGGUUUUCGACUUCAAGCGGUGUCCACUCAACGUCACUGGAGUCUAUCGAUCCCUCCAUCUUGGAAUCAAGGUAUACGGGUCAGAACUAUAGAGCAGUUGAUAAUUACAAUUAUGUGAGUGAGUCACGGAGGGCCAGCGAAAUAAGCUAUCCAGGGUCCAUUGCAUCCCGUAGCAAUCCAGAGAACGAACCUGUUUUUGAUCGUAGUGUAGAAUUUUCGGAAGAUUUGGGCGGCCUGUCAGGCGGUGUCAUUCGCCCUCUCAUUCAGGAAUCCCGUACGCAAGCCAGACGCGCAACACCAAGUAUUUUACAAUAUUCUCGUGGUAGUGACUUAUCGGUGAACUCUAACGACGAGAACAGCAUAUCAGGGAUCGAUUGGAUGGAAGACGAAGAGGGCAGUUCACUAGUUAUAGGUACAGACUACGGGAUAAUGAAGUGGAACAUCAACUCUUGGGCUCGCAGGUCGUUUCCAAGUUAUGACUUUUGUUGA